GAAUACGAACUGCGGUGGCGGCGGGAGUCAUGGCAGGACAAGCAUUUAGAAAGUUUCUUCCACUCUUUGAUCGAGUAUUGGUUGAAAGGAGUGCAGCUGAAACUGUAACCAAAGGAGGCAUUAUGCUUCUAGAAAAAGCGCAAGGAAAGGUGUUGCAAGCAGCAGUAGUAGCUGUUGGAUCAGGCUCUAAACGAAAGGGUGGAGAGAUUCAACCAGUUAGUGUGAAAGUUGGCGAUAAAGUUCCUCUCCCAGAAUAUGGAGGCACCAAAGUGGUUAUAGAUGACAAGGAUUAUUUCUUAUUUAGAGAUGGUGACAUUCUUGGAAAGUAUGUAGACUGAAAUAAAUCACUGUUGAAAUGGCAUCACUCAAAGCUGCCCAUUCCACUGAAGUUCUGAAAUCUUUCAUCGUGUAAAUAAUUUCCAUGUCUCUUUUAUAAUAAACUAA